AGCAGGUAAGAAGGAAAAGAAAAGAAAAAGAAGUAGAAAAUGAAAUAGAAAAUCAAACAAUUCUGUAAAGCUUUUGUUUUGUUUUGUUUUUCUUCAUUUCUUCUUCUUCUUCUCUCUCUACCCCCCGCCCCCCUCUCUCUCUCUCUCUCUCUCAUAUGUAAAACCCUUUCUUCUCUCUCUCCUCCCAACAUUUCUCUCACAUUCAUUCUUUGCUUCUGCCUUUAAAUCACGAGAUCCCCAUCUCUUUCUCUCUUUCUUUCUCUCUCUUUUCAUGUCUUCUUCAAAGGGUCUCUGUUUCUGUAUCUCUCUCUCUUCUACACAUUGCUGAGAGGGAGAGAGAGAGAGAGAGAGAGAGAGAACUGGAACUGUGAAAUAUCUACAGAGAGAGGAAGAGAAGCAAAGGUUUCAACUUUCAAGCCCUGGUUUUUGUUGUUGGGUUCAAAAAUGUCGGAUUCUGGAAAGCCCAUUUCGGAGCAGCGAUUCGACGAUUUGAAAGAUCGGUUCCGUGACUCGCUGAGUUGCGACAACGCCAACAAGCCGGACUUCCGAGAACUCGAUCUGGGUUCGCCUGUGUCGCCCUUGCGGGCUCGACACACGGUCACAACCAGUAGUAGUUCGAGUUCUUCUGGAUCGGUGUCGGGUCGAAACGGCCCCAACCCGCCGGCUAAAAGACCCGAUUCCGGUGGGAACAGCCACUCCGGCGAGCUGUCAGGCUCCGGCGAGAGCUCCCCGGCCCGCGGAUACAGACCGGGUCAUGCCCGUUCCGACUCCGGCAGCACCGCGAACUCCCCGCCCGUCAAUGUGCUUCCGACCGGUAACAUAUGCCCGUCGGGCCGGAUUUUGAAAACUGGCAUGGCGAGUCGGAGCUCCAAGACCGACGUUUUGGGCUUGGGAACGGGGAAUUACGGCCACGGUAGCAUAAUGCGCGGCGGCGCCUCUGCGAAAUUGGGCGGCGGCGACGGCGGUUUGGCUGGAGAUUCGUCGAAACGGGCAAUUUGGGGUUUGGAUCCGGAGGAGGUGAAACGGGCCGGGAACGAGAAGUACAAGCUAGGGCAUUUGGCCGAAGCGUUGAGUUUAUACGAUCGUGCAAUCGCUAUGUCGCCGGCUAACGCCACUUUCCGGUUCAACCGGGCGGUGGCUCUGACCGGUCUCGGGCGGCUGGCCGAGGCGGUGAAAGAAUGUGAAGAAGCUAUUAAAUUGUAUCCUGGCUAUGUCAAAGCCCAUCAUCGUUUAGGAUCUCUUCUUCUCCGUCUCGGGCAGGUUGAAAAUGCCGGGAGGCAUCUUUGUUUUCCAGGGCAUCCAUCGGAUUCAAAUGAGUUGCAGAAGUUGCAAGCAGUAGAAAUGCAUUUGUGCAAGUGCACCGAUGCCCGGAAGAUCGCUGACUGGAGGAGUGUGUUGAGGGAAGCUGGUGCUGCUAUUGUUGCUGGAGCAGAUGCAUCUCCUCAGCUACAUACAUGUAAGGCAGAAGCUUACUUGAAGCUCCAUCAGUUAGAAGAGGCGAAUUCGAGCCUAUUGAACGGUCCCAAAUGUGAAUCGACCUCUCCAUCUUGCUCACAGUCUAAAUUCUUUGGGAUGCUGUCGGAAGCAUACAUGUUCUUUGUCCAAGCCCAAAUUGAGAUGGCUUUCGGAAGGUUUGAGAAUGCAGUUACAGCUGCCGAGAAAGCUGGGCACAUUGAUGCUCGAAAUAUUGAAGUCUCUGUUCUGCUCAGCACUGUGAGGCUGGUGUCAAGAGCUCGUGCCCGUGGCAAUGAUCUCUUCAAAUCUGAAAGGUUCACUGAAGCUUGCUCUGCGUAUGGUGAAGGCCUUAGGAUUGACCCCUCAAACUCAGUUCUCUACUGCAAUAGAGCAGCUUGUUGGUCUAAGCUUGGGUUGUGGGAACGAUCUGUUGAUGAUUGCAACCAUGCCCUGCGCAUCCAGCCGAACUACACCAAAGCCCUUCUUAGAAGGGCUGCCUCAAACAGCAAGCUCGAGCGUUGGGCCGAAGCUGUUAGAGAUUAUGAGGUAUUGAGGAGGGAGAUCCCAGAUGACAAUGAGGUUGCGGAGUCCUUGUUUCAUGCACAAGUUGCAUUGAAGAAAUCCUGCGGGGAAGAAGUUCACAACAUGAAGUUUGGUGGGGAAGUGGAAUUAGUAUCUGGUCUCGAGCAGUUCAGGGCUGCAAUUUCUUCUCCGGGGGCUUCUAUUGUCCAUUUUAAGGCUGCGUCGAAUGUGCAAUGCAAGCAGAUAUCUCCAUUCCUUGACGUGUUAUGUGAACGCUACCCAUUCAUCAAUUUUUUCAAGGUGGAUGUGGAGGAGAGCCCGGCAGUUGCAAUAGCCGAGAACGUGAGGAUCCUACCUACAUUCAAGAUCUACAAAAAUGGCAGCCGAGUCAAAGAGAUGGUUUGCCCGAGUCCAGAGGUGCUGGAAUCAUCGGUGAGGCAUUACAGUUUAUAGAACACAAAACUGUGCUGUACUACUACUACUACUGCUGUGUAUCCUCCAUUUUUCCUUGCAUUUUCCCUUGUCGUGCAAUCACCAGCUUUGACGGGAAACCCAUGGCCGCCCUCUUCUCCUAUCUAACUGCCAUACCAGGAUUAGGACUUAUCUGUGGACAUAAAACAGCCCUCUCUGCUACAUAAUAACGUCCAUUAGGAGCCCAACAUCAGUGGAACCCAGGGAGAUAACUUACUUUGUUUUGAAGUUUAUAUUUAUUCAUUUGUUCUUCAUUGCUCUCUGGUUCCAUAUCCCAACCCCUUCAUUUACCCUUCCAAAGUUAUUUCUUUUUCAAUUCCAUCUUAGGCCUGGCCUUGCUCUAAUGUCUCCUUGUUCAUUGAGAGAAGACGUAGUCGUCGACAAAUCCGGCUGAACUGCAACUCCAGAGAGAGAGAGAGAGAGAGAGAGAGAGAGAGAGAGAGAGAGAGAUGUCUGGUUGGCUUUUAGAUAAUGUACAUGUAUAUAUUGAUGAUACAUACAAAACAAUGGGGGGAAGCCAUUAAAGGGAGAUUUGGAAGCUUGGUGGGUAUUUAGUUUCUGGGUUGGUGAAGGAAGGAUGAAUAUGAUGAUGAUGAUCAUCUUCAUCUUCAUGUUAUUGAUAUUGUUGUUUCUUUUGCCCAAUCAUUUCAUUAAUAAAAGUUACAUUUUUUCUUCUCUUGCUAA